AUCAGUUUAUUGUGUAUUUUUGUUGUUGAUUUUUAGACUGAAGUCAUGGCUGGUGCAGAAAGUGAUAGCCAGUUCCAGUUCACUGGUAUUAAAAAGUAUUUCAACUCUUACACCCGCACAGGUAGAAUGAAUUGUGUCCUGGCCACAUAUGGAAGCAUUGCUUUGUUGGUCUUAUACUUCAAGUUAAGGCCUAAAAAAACUCCUGCUGUGAAAGCAACAUAAAUGGUAAGGAGUUACCAUUCAGAAGUUUGUAACUUGCUCAUUUUGAUGUUAAGGUUUUUUCCUUGUCUUAUAAAAAAUAAACUGUUGGCACUCCAAAAUUUAUUGCAUAGCUGAAAGAAAACAUUGGAUAUAAUGUACACAUGUAAAUCCAACAGUGAGG